AUAGGAACCUUCUUGCCCUUAUUAAAGAUGGCUGCUGCCGUCCCUCUGUAAGCGCACGUUUCUUCCCUCCCCCCCCCCCCCCCAGCUCCCCUCUGUCUACCCCUGGCUGCUGCUCCCCGCGCGGGGACGGGUCAGUGAGCGGCUCGGGGCUUGUUUCCCCUUGAGCCCCUGGGGGCUCCCUCAGGUCUUCCCUGCCUGCUCCCAGCAGCCUCAGCAUGACUGAGGCUGCAGCCUGGCCCGGGAGCAUCCCAGCUGCUGUUGCCAGCUGUGAGUCAGGAGGAGGAAAAGGAGAGGGAGACGCUGAGGAAGGUCCGAAAGGAAGGAAACAGGGAGCCGCUAGAGCCCGGUGGAAACUGCUCAGAGAGGUUCUGAAGAAAAAACACUUGGAGGAUGUGCAUCUUCAACAAGUGUCUAUAAGAAGGUUUGCAUCGUUCAAUCUCUUUUCAGCAGAAGACCGCAAAAGGAUUACAGAAGAGGAAACUGGGACUUGGGUUCAAUACACAAGUGUCUUUUAUCCCGAGUAUAGUGUCUCUUUAAGAUGUAACAAUGGACUUUUAAAUAUCGAAGAUGUUCUUACAAGUUUUGACAACACAGGGAAUGUCUGUAUCUGGCCUUCUGAAGAGGUGCUAGCUUAUUACUGCCUCAAGCAAAAUCACAUGUUCAGGGACCUUGCUGUGUGUGAGCUAGGGGGUGGCAUGACAUGCUUGGCUGGGCUCAUGGUUGCUAUUUCUGCAGAUGUCAAAGAAGUUCUGUUAACUGAUGGAAAUGAAAAGGCCAUCAAAAAUGUAAAUGACAUCAUCAUCAGAAAUCAAAAUGCAGGAGUAUUUAAGGCUCAGACUGUAUCAAGCUGCGUUUUACGAUGGGAUAAUGAGACAGAUGUCUCUCAACUGGAAGGACAUUUUGACAUUGUUAUGUGUGCUGACUGCCUGUUUCUGGACCGGUACAGAGCUAGCCUUGUUGAUGCAAUAAAGAGAUUACUCCAACCCAGUGGGAAAGCAAUGGUAUUUGCUCCACUCAGAGGGAAUACUUUAAACCAGUUUUGCAAUCUAGCUGAAAAAGCUGGUUUCUCUGUCCAAAGACAUGAAAAUUAUGAUGAACAUAUUUCGAACUUCCACUCCAAGUUGAAAAAAGAAGAAAAAGAUACAUAUGAAGAAAACAUCCAUUACCCCUUUCUUCUUGUUUUAACCAAACAUGAAUAGAAGACGAAAACAUUUUUUUAAAAAGGACAAAUGAAAGCUAAUUAUGUGUGUGUGAUUUAUUUUUCUGAGCGGCUAUCAUAAAAUAUAAGGAAAAUUUGUUUCAUUUAUUGCAGUGAGGCUUUCUGUAUGUAAUUUUAGGAACUUAUUUUUCUCAAUUAUAUUUCCACCUUAAAAAAACGAUAUGCAUAUAUUUACAAAGCUCUACAGCUAGUUUUCCUUCUCACUCAUGCCUUUCAGCUUGCAUGUUUGUUAAUCUCUCUAAACAUGAUUUCUUUGUUUGUAUUUGAAAACACAUACAUCAUAUGCUUUGUGGUUGUAUUUGACCAGUUGAAAGUGCUAAAGCUUUCUCAUUCAGUUAGCGAGCAAAUAGUUUCCUCAAGAUCUUUAAAAAGUGCACACAUCACCUCAUAGAUUUUUCUUUUGCCUUUCUUGAAUUUUCCCUGUUGAUUUUUCUAUCCAUGCAAAAUUGAAAUGUUCUAACUUGUUUUGGUGAUUUCUUUUUUUUUUUUUUUUUUGCAACAGGGUACUUUUUUCCACUGUAAAUAUAUAAGAAAUUAUGCAUCAGACAAAAGCCUCAUAAACUGACCAUUUGUCCUUUGGACACAAUAGCUUGCCCAGCCCUCUGCUCCUCCUCUCCAAUUAUGUGUGAUUAGUCUCAGUGUGUUGUGUCAAGAAGGGGGAGUGUGCUGAGUGCUUAUUAUCUGGUUAGGUACAAGAAGAGCACAUUUAGGCUCUGACUAUGAAUGAAAAGUGAGCCUUUAUCAGGACUAAAAUCUAACUGCUGCUGUUCUACAAACCUCUCUUUAAAAAUAGAUCUUGUCCUAAGACAUUCUGAACACUAUGGCAACUAGGGAAUUUUCUUUUAAUGCAAUCAAACAAUCAUCGUAUUCAAACUGGGUGUGUAUUGUGAUAUACUGUGGUUCACAAUACACAAUAUUUUGUAAAUGUUUAAUAUAGCACUGAGAGAGGACAGCUUUCCUACAGAGAAACAUGAUCAUAUUCAUCUUUUCUAAUGGUUUAAUAAAAUGUUCUAAUGAUUUCUUGAAAUAGCAAGCUAGAUCUUUAAGGAAUCCUGCACAAUCUCUUUAACCAAAACACUUUUAGAAUGGUAAAAAACCCCAAUCAGAUACUUGGUAUUGUUAAAUGUGCAGUUUCCUAUUGAAAUACAUUAAAACAAUUACAUCUGGUAAAUUCUCUUCCUCUCAUAUUUAACAAACUGAGCUAUAUGUAAACCACUAGCUUAUAGAAGUUCUUUUCUCUUCAGGACUAUCCUCAAACAAAUUUUUUCACCACCAGUUUGCAUGUCCUUGUAUUCAACACUUUUUAUGCUCCAUUAGAGCACCUAGAUGGAUCUCAGAAGGCAUAGGUCAAGUUGCAGUUAGAUCAUACAUUUCUUUCUCACAAAAACUUGAAUUGCAAUGCCAAGUGAUGGGCUAACAUCACAAUAACAGCAAUUUAUUCCUCUUUUGAUAAAACAGCAGUCUAUUCUCCGUAUUAGAUAAAGACCAGGGGCAAUGCAAACCAGCCAUUUAUCCUAGUAGUUCAGCAGUAGAUCUCCUUUAUGGAUGUUGUGGGUUUCAUGUUCAACUCUUGAUAGAAAAAUAUUUUCUGAUAAGAAAUAAGGAGCAUUUAGGAAUAGUUAAAGGCUGUUGUAAAGAUACUUUUCAUCAGUUUUUGUUCUGUUUGGACAUACAGCAAAGGUCAUGUUUUCCCUAAAGAAUGGAUACAAGGAAAUCUUUGUAACCAACAAAGAAAAGCCAAAGACAUAGUGAAAUAUGAAAAUAUGUAAAUCUGCCUUUGUAAGAAGGGCUUGAGAAUAUUCUCUACAAUAUAAUCUAAUAAAGACAUAUAGUUGCCAGAAAUAAAACUAUUGUCAUUGGAAAUGGCAUAUUUUGUUCUUUAUUCCUCCAGGAAAUUAGCAAGUUUACUAAAAUGAACAGCUAGUUAUUGCUUUUUUUAAAAAAAACUGUCUGUAGUGUUAGUACAAGCUGUUGCACUAGGUUCUGGCUAUCUUCCUUUAAGAGUGUACUUGAUGGAGUUUUACCAAAGAAUGCAUCUGGGGUUUGAUUCUGCGAACACUUACACCCGGGAGCUCAAAAGUGAGUACAGCUACUCAUGUGCCUAAAAGUUUAUAGGAUUGGGCCCCUAAUUUGUAAUUUUCCACUGAUAAUCAGUAUUAGGUUAAAUAUUUGUUAAUUUCAAAAUCUGUACUAUAAAAGUAUACAGUUGGAGGGGUUUCUUGUGUGUGUAUUUUAAGUAUUGUUUUGUAAAAGACAUCUCUCAGAUUUACAGUCUUUAGAAGGUACCGUUGACUGGAAAAACUUUCUGAUUUCUCAAAUUUUAAUAAAAAGGUAAUGAUUUUUUAAUUAAGAUGCUAAAGAUCUCUGCUUAAAGAAAGUUAUGUUCAUAGGUCACCAAAAGAAGAUUAUUAAAAAUAAAUGUGUCAAA